AUUUUGGCUCAUGCUCAGAGCAGUUCUUAGUUCAACUUCAACGUUGCAAGUUGGGUAGUAUAUCAUCCUACCCUUCGUAGCCUUUUCUCGUUCUUUUCUUCUUUUCUUCUUUUCCUUCAUUUUUCCUCUUCUUUUUUGUUUACUUUCGGCCUCCUGAUGAGCCCGCUCCUCGACCAAGCCAGCAGUCUAGUUAGUCCAUUGCCCGAGACAGCGAGGAAGAAAAACUUGAACUUAUGGCAUUAUGGUUGUGUUUGUCGGCCAUGAGCAGGAGCACAUUAAUUCUGCGGCGCCGGGAAUUCCCCAUCUCGGUGCGGAUCCUGUGUUUCUGAAGCAUCCUGGCCAUUCGAUGUUCACGGAUUCGCGAAGACAUGGUGGUAGUGACGGUGCCGCGGGCGGCGAUAAGGGCGGCGAUAAGGACUGCAAUGGCGCGACAGCGGAGGAUUCUUCCCCCGCAGCCAGGAACGCGAAUGAUAAUGUUGAUGAUGGUGGGCAGCGGGGCAAUCCAACCGUUAAUGGAUUCUCAGCUGCUCUGAGUUGCUAUCCAGUGGUCGUUCAGAUUGCCAGGUCCGUCGACCUGAACACCCUGGAUUCGUUAGCCAUGACAUGUCUUCAGUUCCGCGCGAACCUACUGCCCUACCGCUCACAGCUCGUUCGGGAAACCUUACGGUGCGGCAAUGAACCUCUGGACGAUGUGCCUUCUGAAGAUGGUGAUAGCAGUGAUAGCAGCGCAGCUCCGGGCCUUGUUUCGGGUGAUCCGCCUGACAUCUUCCAGGCUUUUCCCUUGCUCGAUACUACCGCUGGUGGCACUGCUCCCGUUAGGUACUGGGGUUUUCCCAGACUUACCACGAGGAAGGUAGGGAGAUGUGCUCGGGAUAUGGUCGCAGAAUGCCAGAGAUGCAUGUAUAUUGUUUGUAGGAACUGCACUAUGAAACAAAUUGGAGCGUCAUCGUUGAGAUCUCGACUUCGUCGCCUUUGUUCGACAUGUCGUACUGCCCCAUUAUCCGACCACUUCUUACCUUCCGUCCCUUCACAACAUGAUAGCCAUGACCACAACACGCACUACCGCUCACACGCGCUGUCACAAAGCAGGACACGGACGUUCACAAAUAAUAUAUUUGGUUCCAAGGCCUGCCACUGUGAGGAGUCCAUCUGGCUCUGUCAACCAUGCGGCCAGCUUCUCAGCUCCGAUGAUACCACAUAUCAACGUGUGUGGACGUGGAGGACACGCUACAGCCCCUAUCUAAGUGGUGGGUUGAGAACAGGGAUGGGAGAAGGCUGGCAGGGAGUCAAAUGCGGGCGCGGGGAGAGGUGUCUUGCUGCAGAGGAGAUUGAGAUGGAGGUUGACUGUGACGUAGAUGAUUGGAUGUCCGAUGAUUCGGAACAUUAUCGUCAUCAGCAUAAUAAUAAUCAUCGUCUUGGUAGUAACAAUGGCGGCUACGAUAACUGUCAUCUUCCGCCGCAACACGGCGACGGGCAUGGGGGUGGGGAGCCGGGCUAUCUGAGACAGGAAAUUGAAGGCGUGGGCGGGGUGGUUAAGCAGAAGGUUAAGAAGAGGGUGAGGGUUGGCGCAUGUGUGGAAGAGCAUGAGGAUGAGAAGGGAUCCGAAUCGUAUUUAAUGAGGGAGUACUUGGGAGAGGUGAGGAGUUGGUGUGGAUGGUGCGAGCGGGUUGUACCGUCUAUAAAGGAAAGAGAGGGUCUCUCGAGUGAGUAAUGAUUAAUGUUAGCCAAAGCCCUCCUGUCUUCAUUUCCAUGUCUUUGUGAGGGGGUUAGUUCCCUUGAUUCCUGGUUACCCAGCGUUUUCCACGCAUUUGAUCGUGAGCUAGUGAUUUCCUUUUUCCUCCACCGACGUUGGCUGCUAUUAUUACCAAUGAUGUAUGGGGACUUUCAUAGAUCAUGUAGAUAAGUUUGAAAUAUUAGACUCUCUAGCUUUCCUGUCCCAUGCUUGGAAUAUGCCCAUGACUUGAUGAUUCUUAUUGUACGAGCAGGGACUAACUUAAAAGAGUCAAGGGAUGAAAAACAGCCUUACGCAACUGGCAUAGUUAUAGGUUUUAUUGGCUGUGAUUAUCAUAGUUAUCUGUCCUGUUAACUUUCACCCAUGAUAUAUGCUCACUGCAUGGUUCUCUUCAUGACUCCAUUUCCACCCCAUUUCUCCUUUGCGCCACCUAUCCAUCCGGGCGAUGGUGACAAUCUCUCUAUAUAUUAUAGAAAAACUAACUUUUCCAUGCAAAAAAUGUUGGUGAUUACUACCCAUACCGGAAGAACGUAGGGUUA